AUGCUUUCACACACUCUGAUCUCUCUUUUGGGCCUCGCCGCCACGGCCCUCUCUCAAACUGCCAAUAUCAACUUCUAUGAUACCGAUGAUAUCUGUCGAUCGGGUCUCUUUGCGUCUUGCACAAACUUGCCGCCAAACAGCUGCUGCGCUUUGGCAUCCAACCAGCUUGCAACCUGCAUGGAUUUCGCAACGACUACUCCAGGUGGAAUUGGUACCGCUUUCUCGUCUCAAGGCGGCAAUCAGUGUGCCGUGGUCCUUGAGAGACUGAGCAGUGGGGUCUGUGUCUGCCCCAAUGGAUUCCCAGUCAUUUCUGGCGGUAGCUGGAACACCUCAGCUUCAAGGCGAUCAAUGGAUGAUAAGCCUUGUGAGACGACGAUUCAGCCUAAUGCCUUUGGAUGGACUGAGAAUGAGUCAACCUGGAUGGUGUACAAUGAGGACGAAGCAACUUAUACCAACGUUGCUGACGCUGUUGCAAACGGCACUGCCAAGACCGAUAUUGGCAAGUUCAUCAGGGAGCACGGACAACAGGUCUAG